AUGAUGAUCAAAGAUAUUCAAAACUACGCAGUGAGUGGAAGAGACGAAGCUUAUGAAUCACCAGGAGAUUACGUUAGAUUCAUAAGUCCAGAGGUAUACAGAUCCAACAGACAGAAAUAUCUCAGAAGCUACACGUUUAAAAACUACGAAGAUGAAGCAGAUUUGUCGGAAAAGAAACAGAGGAAGUGGUUCAAGAACAAGAAGAUGAUCAAGUUUAAGAAGACGAGUGAUUCACUUGGUAACUCGCUCAAGUCUUGUCUCAGGCUCUUGUUCUCUUGCUUCCAUAUCUGA